AUGAGUCCACUCUUUUCAAAGGCAAUUGCCUUCACACUCUUGUCACUCUUUUCGAUCGUGGUGGCGCAGAACGAUGGCUACAUCGGAUAUCAGUUGAGCCAGCGUGGCGAUCCAGAUGCCACACUCUACGAGACCGAAGGUACAAUCGCCGGCGUGAGGCUCCCCGAGGAGCCUGAUGUCUAUCUGAAUGCGUCAGUCCACGUCGGACUGAUCAGUGUUGAGGUGGACAACAUCACGGCCAAAGUCAACCUGGACGCAAAGGUGUUAAAUCUGCUGCAUUUCACCGCCGGCGUCGACGCCUCCAUUGAUCGCGUCAAACUGACGAUCGAAAACGUCAAUGCAAAGGUCUACUUGGAGGCCCGGUUAGGGAACGUGGUGGCCAUGGUGGACGAUGUACUUUCGUCCAUCGACCUCAACCCCAUCGUUGCCACCCUCGGCAAUGUGGUGGGCGAUGUGGUCGGCAACGUCACGGAUACCCUAGGGGGCGGCUCUUCUAGCUCCAGCGCCACUUCGGCGGCCCCAAGCUCAACGGCCGCUGCCCAAAAGCGGUCGCUAGAUGCCCUCGACUAUAACAUGCAGCACGGCAUCCUUUACUCGAUCAACAACUACGCGGGAGACACGCACACCAACCGGGUUCUGGGCCAGAACGGCACCAUCUGGGAUGUCUCGUUGGAUAACGACGGCAAUGAGCAAGGGCGCAGAAGCGUCGGAUCCUACAAUCGCGACAUGACCUACACCGGGCACAACAGGACCACCAUUCUGAACGGUGUCACUGAGUACGAGCUCGGCUACAGGUACACGCCGUAUGUUGGGCUGGACAUCUACGCAUACAUUUUCAUGACCCCGGCCGGAAAUGUAGUGAAGACCAAGAUCGUGUCGGAAGCGGAGGCUGGUGGAACAAGCACCAUCAGCGACGACGCGGAACAAUGA